UUCACCCGCCACCGCGCCGCCGAGCUCAAACUCACCGGCUGGGUGCGGAAUACAGACAACAACAAGGUCGAGGGAGAAGCCCAAGGUGAAGAGAACGCCAUCGCGGACUUCCUCAAGCACGUUGACAAGGGUCCGCGGCAUGCCCACGUAGUCAAGCUGGUCAAGGAAGACCGAGAAGUCGUCGAGGGCGAGACCGAGUUUGAGAUUCGCCGUUGA